AUGACAGUCCCACACGAAUUCGAGAGCUUCGAGCUAUGCCCAGCCGACUAUGGAUUUCCCAUGUUUUAUGCAGGAUGCAGUAUUUCGUUCCGCCUGAGUAAUCCAGAACAAGGGCUUGUUAUCCUACGCAACGCUAUUGCCAGGCUAGUCAGCCAUCUAGCGUUCCUGAAUGGUCGUGUUGAGCCUUCAGGUCGCAAAGUUGGCGUGAUGGAAGUACGUCCUCCUGUCCAAGGGGAUCUCAAGUCAGACAUCUGCAUCAUUCAGUACCUCUCGCAUCUGCGAUUGCCUCACAAGAUGGAUUCUUCCGCCCGAGACAAGUUCGGAGAGUACGACCGAAAUGCAGAGCUCAUCAUGGCCCCUGUGCAUAUCGCCGCAUCCCCGACCGACCACCCUGUAAUGCGUUUCCAAAUCAACGUCCUCGCGGAUGGCAUCGUUGCUGCACUGUUCGUCAAUCACAUGGUGAUCGACGGGACUGGGAUCGGAAUAUUGCUCGAGUCCCUAGCCGCUUGCUGCAAUGGUGCCGAUUCUCUCGCCUGCAGCAUUGAAUGCGAGGUGAACACACGGAGGAAUUGCCUUGGCUCGGUCGGCCGAGACAACGCUUGCGACUCACCUGGAUGUGGCGAGAUUCUGUCAUCGUCGAGCUUGCAGAGCGCUCCCGGGACUGGCCAUGAAGAAGUGCACGAUUCAUCCCUUCUCGACUACAAUUUCUUCAUCCCGAACGCGAAAGUCGAGCAAUUGCGCCAGUGUAUCCAGAGUCUGAGCCCGGGAUUUGUAUCCGAGGAUGACAUUGUAACAGCCAUUCUUUGGACCUGCCUCGGUCAAUUUCGAUCUCAUCGGUUAUCCGCUGAGGGCCAAUCCGCGUCUGCAUGUAUGCUCCAGCGGGUCGUGAAUGUUCGUCGCAGGCUUUGUCCUCGGGUGGCACCUCACUACCUGGGAAAUUGUUUCAUUAUGUUAAAUGAGACAAUGACUGUCGCAGAUUUAGGAGACAAAGGCCCCUUGGAAAGCGAGAUUGAUGAGCAAGCCUUUGCGCGGCAGCUUGCCCCUAUCGCCCGAUUACUGCGAAGCCGGCUUGAUACCGUUGAUGAUCGACUCGUACGGGACUACCUCUCGCAGUUAUCUACAGCCGACGAUUGGGCCAACACGUCCGUGCAUGAGCCAGACAUCGCAGUGACCAGCAUUCGUCGCUUGGGAGUUUACGGAGAAGGCUUUGGUCCGGUCCUCGGGAACGUCGUGGACUUUGAGAUGCUGCCGUACAUGAAUCCCGAAGGAGUAUGUACGAUCAAGCCUCGUCGCGGGGGUGACGAUGAUACUUGGGAAGUCGGUGUGACACUGAGGCGUGAGGAUAUGGAUCGUCUGAGAAAUAAUGCCAAGUGGCGUUGGCUUGUGAACAGGGAGUCCCCACUGCGGAUCUUCGAGGCAAUCAAAUGUAGUGUAACGACGUAG